AUGGCAAUCACCAUCCACGCACCAGCUCCGGCUGUUCUACCCUAUAAGACCGCAGACUCAUCCGACGAAGACUCUGACGAUGGUGGAGCCGACCUCCAGGGCGACAUUAACAUGCGCCCCAGCAAACGAGCCCGACAUUAUCGAGAAGACAUUGUCACGCCGGGCGAGGUUGUCACGGAUGAGGAUCAAUGGAUGAGAGGCCACGGCACAUACCACAACCACGCGCGCGAAAUCAUCGCAACCGUCGCCGGCACCGUCCAAAAAACCAACAAACUCCUCUCCGUCCGCCCCCUCCGUGCACGCUACACCCCCGAGAUUGGCGAUCUAGUCGUCGGUCGCAUCGUCGAGGUGCAAUCCAAGAAAUGGCGUGUCGACGUUGGCGCGCCUGUGUUGGCCAGUCUGCCAUUAUCGGCGAUCAAUUUACCUGGUGGCAUUCUACGCAAACGCACGGAGACGGAUGAGUUGCAGAUUCGUACGUUUUUCAGCGAGGGCGAUUUGCUGGUUGCUGAGGUGCAGAGUUUAUAUCAGGAUGGGAGUGCGAGUUUGCAUACGAGGAGUUUGAAGUAUGGGAAGUUGCGGAAUGGGGUUUUCAUGAGUAUUAGUGGGACGGGGGGAGGUGGGGGCGUGGUGAGGGCGAGGAGACAGCUGUGGACGAUUGAUACGAUGAAUGGGGGUGGGAAGGUGGAUGUGAUUUUGGGGGUUAAUGGGUAUGUCUGGAUUAACAAACAUAUUGAGGUUGCGGGGGGGGAGACGGCGAUUACGAGGAUGGAGGAGAGUGUUAGUGCGACGGUUUAUAGUAGUCAGAAUGAUUCGAUUGCGCCAGAGACGAGAAAGGAGAUUGCUAGGAUAAGAGGGGUGAUUACUUUGUUGGUUGAGGAGGGAUUGAGAGUUGAUGAGGAUAUGGUUAUGAAGGGAUAUGAAGCUGCGUUGUUGGUUGAUAGUGAGGAAGAUGGGGAGACGAAUGUUUUCCUUGGAGGAGAACAGGGAAAACUCGUGUUGAAGCAGUUGAGCGGUGUAUGA